UGAUUGCAAUAAUUACGACCGCAACAAAUUAAAUUAAUUUAAAUAAAAUCUAGAACAAAUUUUGAAAUUAUGUUUCAAUAUCAUGACAAGUUACAAAAUCUUACAAAUUAUAAAUGCAAGUCUUACAACUUUAGCUAUAAAAUAUGUCCAUAAUCCUGUGAAGUAUAAUAAAUAUACCUAUUUUCUGAAUUGUUUAAUCAAUUUUAUUCGUAUUGUUUAAUGUAACAACUUCAUGUUUUUCGUUAAUGUUGUUUCGCGUGUGUUUUUAUACGUUGUUAUAGUCUAAAUACAACACGCGGUCGUACUUGAGAGGACGGAUCUAGAGAUAACCAUAAAUUGAGAACACAAUUUUGUACCGUUAAUCGAAAAAACUAUAUAGAAACUGUUCAUUCCACGUUUUGAAGUGUGACGUCGAAGAAUUCAGUCGAAACUCUCUCAAAUUUACAAUCCGGGAAACACUAUCUAAUCAUUUGAUCAUUGAUAACUAAGAACGAAUUUUCCCUUCAGAAAUAGUUAACAGCACUGCUGUCUGAAAUUCAUUGAAAUAAUAUUUAAUACGUCUCAAAAAUUUUACGAUAGAUCUACACGAAAACGGUGGACAUUACGUGUAAUUAACUAUUUGUUGAACAGGAAAAGAGUAAUUCAGUUUCAACAGGUAGAAGUAAUUUAAAAGUGCAGGUGCAAUACAAAUUAAACAGAAAGAAACCUUACACAUAAUUCAAUCACUGUCAGUACAUCUUUUGGAGCCAGAUGAGUAUUGGAAGUCAAAAUACUACCUCUAUUGAUAAUAUAAAUGGACAGAAAACACGGAGUGUAGAAGAAAUUACGAUUCCUGUACCAUGGGGUCAUGUGAGCGGACGAUUAUGGGGGUCAAUGGAUCAACAACCGAUAAUAGCAUUACAUGGAUGGCAAGACAAUUGUGGAAGUUUUGACAAUUUAGUACCUUUAUUGUCUGAUGAGAUUUCUAUAUUAUGCUUAGAUAUGCCAGGACAUGGUUUAUCUUCUCAUUAUCCAAAAAGCCAGUACUAUUAUGUUUACUGGGAUGGCAUAAUUCUACUCAGAAGAAUCGUUAAGCAUUUUAAAUGGAAUAAGAUAAAAUUACUUGGACAUUCCUUGGGAGGAAUAAUAGCAUUUUUAUAUGCUUCAUCUUUUCCCAAUGAAGUGGAGUUCAUUAUCUCUAUAGAUAUUGCAGGCCCUAAUGUAAGAAGCGUAACAAAAAGUGCUGCUUUAACCGGUGCUGUAGUUGAUAAGUUUUUAAUCUAUGAAACGCAUGAUAAUGAGAAUGUUCCAUCCUAUACUUAUGAAGAUGUACUUAAUAUAGUAGAGGAUGCCUAUAAAGGUUCUGUAACCAAAGAAAGUGCAAUGGUAUUAAUGAAACGUGGUGUACGACCCUCUUACGAUCCCGAUCGGUAUUGUUUUUCACGAGACACGCGAUUGAAGAUUGCUGGAUUGGGUGUACCAGAUGGUAUAGAUUUGGCACUUGCAUAUGCAGCUCGAAUAGAAUGCGCAUACCUUAAUAUUCGCGCUUCAAAUGGAUUGAAGUACGACAAUCCAAACGCUUAUCAUCAGAUCUUGGAUCAAAUAAAAGUGGGUUCUAAAAGAUUUGAGUACCAUGAAGUGGAGGGAACUCACCAUGUCCACUUAAAUAAUCCCGAAAGAAUUGCACCUAUCAUCAACAAAUUUCUAAGUACUUAAUGAUAAUACAAUUUAGAAAUGGACUAUAAAGCCAGAUUAUAGUUGUUCCAUUUACAAAUUAGUUACGUGAAAGCUAUAUUAGCUAUAAUUAGUUUAUGCAAUUCGGUUCAUAUAAGAGUAUGGGUUACAUACGAAUUUUAUACUCUUUGACUUAUAUUCUUCCAAAACUUCUGAUGAUCCACAUCAAAUUUAGCUUAAUUUAGAAAAAGAUUAACACUUUGUGUUAAUGUAUUUAACAUGCGAAUAUGCACGCACACACAUUAUUUAUUGAAAACAUACUGUUUUUUACAAGCAGUAAAAAAGAUCAAUGUAUUUUUUUAGGAUGCUCGAAAAGUAUUCAUGUUUCCUUUUCAUACGUAUUAGUCUUCCUUUGAAAAAAAAAGAAGGACAGUACCAUUACUAAGUAUUGAUAGAGUUCACUUUCUCUUGUUUACGCUUGACAGUGAGUCGUAAAAUAAAAGUAAACGCGAAUAUAAUAAACAUUGUUCCGUAUAAGAAAACAAAAAAAAAAUAACAUUGAAUGUUGCCUUUAUUUCGUUUAAUGGUGCACUACUUUUUUUGAUGGACAUUGCGGUCGGCUGACCGUAGGGUGAUAACGUCUUAAUACGCCAGUAAUGCGCCGCAAAAAAAGCUUUACCGGUUUAUGCUCCUACAUACAACAUGACGAUAAAGAAAACUUCGAAGCGAUACUAGCUAUCAUUACGUUCUUUUUGUACGUUACGAUUACCUUAGAAAAAGAAAGAAGAAUUAUUCCAUGGCUGGUUCCACGCAUAUUUAAAGACAAACCUAUCGUUUGUAAUUUAUUAAAAUAAAUUAAAUAAAAGCGAUCGCAAGAAAAAAA